AAUUGAGUGAGUGAGUAAGUGAGUGAGUGACAAAAAGAAGUCGUGCAACGUGCGCCACGCGAGUCCCAAAUCCAUCUUCAACAACGUUGCCAAUCUUGCUGGCCGACCUCGCCGCAUUGGGUCCGUUGGUCCGUCUCGCCCGUUUCGCCCGUCUCCCUUGCUCGAGACGUGAUCAGGCCCCUGUUUGGACAUCCGGAACGCUCGAGACCCACCCCUUACCCGCUGAGGCGCUGGACCUUCUUGGGUGCGGCGACGCGUUGCCAGUCCACCACCGUCGGUCAGAAGUGAGUCAUUCCCGGUCCGACGCCCGUCUCUUCCACCAUGGCCCAGCCCGUCAAUCAUGAUGAGGAUCUGGAUAACCGGAUGACCAACUUAAACGUCAACGCCAUGGAGUUCGUGCCCACUUUUCUGCCCGUGGCCCCGACUGUCUCGGCGGGAGGCACGGCGAGUGGCACGCCCACGGUCGAACACUGGGAAGACGUGGUGGACGUGAGUUUAGGCUCGGGCACAUCAGCCACCACGCCCGAGGAUGAGGGUGGUCGGAAUCACGAGGGGCCGCCCAACGACGAUCGCGAUGACGACGAUGAAGAGGAAGACAGUUCGAUGGAAACGAGCGACGGCCAUUUCGUGCCCUCGUCCAAGCCUCGUAGCAAACCCAAAGCCAGUAAUCUGCCCGCCCACGAUGCCACCACCACAGAAAAGGAGCAUGUGAACAUCGUUUUCAUCGGACACAUUGGCGGUCAGAUCCAGAAAUUGACGGGCAUGGUGGACGCUCGGACCUUGGAGAAAUACGAACGGGAAGCGAAAGAGAAGAAUCGUGAGACGUGGUAUCUGUCUUGGUGUAUGGACACGAAUCAAGAGGAGCGCGACAAGGGCAAGACCGUGGAAGUGGGGCGAGCCUACUUCGAGACGGAAAAGAAACACUUCACCAUCCUGGAUGCGCCCGGUCACAAGAGCUUCGUGCCCAACAUGAUUGGCGGGGCGGCGCAAGCUGACUUGGCCGUGCUGGUCAUUUCUGCGCGCAAAGGCGAAUUCGAGACGGGCUUCGAGCGCGGCGGACAGACGCGCGAACACGCCAUGUUGGUCAAGACGGCCGGAGUCAAGCAUUUGGUGGUGCUCGUCAACAAAAUGGACGACCCCACCGUCCAAUGGUCUGAAGAAAGAUACAACUAUUGCAAAGAAAACUUGACGCCUUACUUGAAGAAGGUCGGCUUCAACCCUGCCAAGGACGUGAACUUCAUGCCCGUGUCCGGACUCACCGGAUCGGGUCUCCUCCAUCCCGUGGGUGAGGUCGCACCAUGGUUCACGGGACUCUCAUUCAUACGGUUCUUAGACGACAUGGUUUCAUUCACUCGCAACGUCGACGGUCCAUUCAUGAUGCCCAUUUGUGAGAAAUACUCCGAUAUGGGAGCCGUGGUCAUGGGCAAAGUCGAAUCAGGCCAAUGCCUCAAAGGCCAGACUUUGGCCAUCUAUCCCAACAGGAGCGACGUCAAGGUGGACAACCUGUGGUCGGACGACAUCGAGGUCACCAAGGUGGUUUGCGGUGAGAAUGUCAAAGUGAAGCUCAAAGGCGUGGACGAAGCUGACAUCUCAGUGGGGUUUGUGCUCUGUGAUCCUAAUAACCCUAUCAAAUCUACCAAGAAGUUUGAUGCUCAGAUCGUGGUGCUCGAUUAUCCAAGCAUCAUCUGUUCCGGCAAGACCUUCGUCCUCCAUCUCCAGGCCAUCAUCGAAGAGGUCACCCUGAAGGCCUUGAUCUGCCUCGUGGACAAGAAGACCGGAGAAAAGUCCAAAACGCGGCCGAGAUUCAUCAAACAGGACCAAAUUGCCAUCGUCCGCUUCGUCACGGAAGACGUCAUUUGUAUGGAGACAUUUAAAGAUUAUCCACAAUUGGGGCGGUUCACACUGAGAGACGAAGGCAAAACUGUGGCCAUAGGCAAAGUCUUGAAACUAAUAGAGUAAAUGAAUUGGUGAUUCCUACAUUGAUGAACAAAAUGACGAUGAAGAGGCCAUCUAUAUAUAUAGAAGAGACACGAGACAGAGAGGGGCUUUUUUCUUCUAUGCCAGAUGAUGCAUUGCUAUUAUACUAAUAGCAUUGUCUCUGACAAGCAUCUCAAAAUCUUGAUUCGGUUAAAAUAGAAGAAGAACAACAACAACAACAACAACAACAGCAACAACAACAGCAGCAGCAGCAGCAGCAGCAACUAAAAACUACUACUACUAAUUCUACCACCACCACUCCACCAGCGUUGCUUCAGCAUCUACUUCUACCCCUUGCUGCAAACCGAUAUGUAACAUCUCUACAUUGAAUGAAACUGAAACGUCCUCCAAUGCCGCUCUUUUUAAACUACUAGCCAAGGAAGAGCAACAGGCGACCAACGGUUUGGUGCCCAAUGUAUCACUAGAUUAUCAUUACAAUUACAUUCGGGCUAAGCCGUGGCGCCUCUGCCGCUUUUGGCGCUCUUGCUUCUCCGCCCAUUCAACACUUCACAAAACAACUGGUCUGUCGUUGGUGAGCAUCUCGGCAAAGAACCAGCUUUUCUUGGUCUCCCAAGUGUCUUCUUCUAAGAGUCGAACAAAAAAUGUCCGUGCAUCUCCUGAGUUGAUAAGAGAUAGAGAGUGAGUGACCUUGUGAAAGUGGAAUAUAAUGAUAAUGAUAUGCACACGCACACGCUGCCGAUGACGGAACUGUUUUCAAGAUUGACAAUAUGUCAAUAUUUUUGAUAUAUUUUGCCUUUCAAGCCAUCGGAAACCACGAUGAUAUAUUUUAUAUUUCCGCUCCGUUUACUUCCAAUCCGCUGCUUGUUCAGGGCGCCAUGAUUUUUUUAUUGGGAUAAACUGGAAUGUACCAUAAAAACGAUGAACCCAUA